AUGAGCGAAGACACAUCCACAGCCAAAGACGCAGAAACAGUCGCCCAGAUCAUCGUCAACAGCCUGUACAAUGCGGGCGUGCGCGUGGUGUUCGGCGUACCCGGCGCCAAAAUCGACGCCAUCUUCGACUGCCUCAUGGACCACCCGGAGAUCAAGCUGAUCGUGGCGCGCCACGAACAAAACGCCGCCUUCAUGGCCGCCGCAGUGGGCCGCAUCACCGGCGUUCCGGGUGUCUGCAUCGGCACCAGCGGGCCCGGGGCGUCGAAUCUGGCCACUGGCCUCGUCACCGCCACGACGGAGAACGACCCCGUGGUGGCCCUCGUGGGCUCCGUGCCCCGCCACAUGAACCUGAAGAGGACGCACCAGAGCAUGCGCGCCCUGGACAUCCUCGGCCCGACCGCCAAGACCGCCGUGGGCAUCGACGUCGAGGACCAAGCCGCCGAGGUUGUGUUGAACGCGUUCCGUUCGGCCAGCACGUCGCCCAAAGGGGCCAACGUCAUCUCCAUCCCCCAGGACGUCGCGAGGGGGAAGUCCAAGGUCCUGGCGUUCCCGUCCCACGCGUUCACUCCGCCACGGUACGGCCCCGCAGCGCCCGAAACGCUCGACCAGGUGGUCGAAAUGAUCGAGCAGGCCAAGUUACCGGUGCUGUUCCUCGGCAUGCGCGCCAGCAGUCCGCGGGUCGUGGAGGCGGUGCGCGCCUUGCUGGGCCGAUUCCCCCUGCCGACGAUCGAGACGUUCCAGGCCGCGGGCGCGGUGCCCAAGGAGUUGGUCCACCUGUUCUACGGCCGCGUGGGCCUCUUCCGCAAUCAGGUCGGCGACAAGCUGCUGGCCAAGUCGGACCUCGUGCUCGCGGUCGGGUAUGACCCCGUCGAGUACGACGCCAACGCCUGGAAUCCCGCGGGCAGCCGCAAGGUCGUCCACAUCGACUACACGGCCUGCGACUACGGGACGUACUACCACCCGGUGGCCGAGCUGGUGGGGUCCGUGGUCGAGAACGUCAAAUACCUGACAGGGAAGAUGACGAGGAUAUCGGAGCCAUCCAUCUCGGAGCUCUGCCGCGGCCUGACGCAGGAGUACACCCAGUGGCAGGACCGGCCGGAGGUGCACCGCUCGGAGGGCCUCGUGCACCCUUUGCACUUUAUCAGGGCGCUGCAGGGGAUGGUCUCCCAGGACACGACGGUGUGUGUCGACGUGGGGAGCGUCUACAUUUACUUUAUGCGGUAUUUCUUUGCGUACGAGCCGCGAAGGUUACUUUGCUCCGACGGCCAACAAACCCUCGGCGUAGCCCUCCCCUGGGCCAUCGCGGCCUCUUUGACGCAGUCCCCGCCGUGUUCCGAAAAAGUCAUCUCGAUAAGCGGCGACGGCGGCUUCAUGUUCUCCUCGCAAGAGUUGUCCACGGCGGUCCCCCAGCACUGCAACAUCACGCACUUCAUCUGGAACGACGAGGCCUACAACAUGGUCGAGUUCCAGGAGGUCAUGAAGUACGGGCGUGCCAGCGGCGUGAAGCUGGGCGGCGUCGACUUCGUGGCGCUCGCGCAGAGUUUCGGGGCCCGCGGGUUUCGGAUCGCGGACUCGAGUGAGGUCGAGAGCGUGAUCCGCGAGGCCCUGGAUUAUCAAGGGGUCAGCCUGGUGGAUGUACGCAUCGAUUAUAAGGGGAAUAAGGACCUCGCGGGGAAUUUGAUCGAGGAUGAGUGGAAUUGA